CGAAUCUGGCGAUCAAGACAUGGUCAAAUACUUAGUUGAAAAUUGUGGUGCUGAUGUAAAUAAGGAGAAUAAAGACGGUAAAACAGCUCUUUACAUCGCUGCCAAAUAUGGUAAACAAGACAUGGUCAAGUACUUAGUUGAAAAUUGUGGUGCUGAUGUAAAUAAGGAAAAUAAAGACGGUGUACUACCUCUUUUCCAUGCUCUGGUAUCUGGUAAACAAGAAAUGGUUAAAUACUUAGUUGAAAAUUGUGGUGCUGAUGUAAAUAAGGAGAAUAACGAGGUUGGUAAUGAAGCUCUUUACUAUGCUAUGAGACAUGGCAAACUAAACGCGGUCAAGUACUUAGUUGAAAAUUGUGGCCUUGAUGUAAAUAAGGAGAAUGAAAAUGGUGAAACAGCUCUUUUCAUUCCUGUGAGAUAUGGUAACCAAAACAUUGUCAAGUACUUAGUUGAAAAUGGUGGUGCUGAUGUAAAUAAGGGGGACAAAAACGGUCAAACAGUCCUUUUCCAUGCUGCGAGAAUCGGUAACGAAGACUUGGUAAAGUGCUUGGUAAAAAAUUGUGGUGCUGAUGUAAAUAAGGAGAUGAAUGACGGUGAUACAGCUCUUUUAGUUGCUGUGAGAUCUGGCAGAAAAAACAUUGUCAAGUACUUAGUUGAAAAUUGUGGUGCUGAUGUAAAUAAGGAGAAAAAUGACGGUGCAACAGCUCUUUUAACUGGUGCGGGAUCCGGCAGAAAAAACAUUGUCAAGUACUUAGUUGAAAAUUGUGGUGCUGAUGUAAAUAAGGAGAAAAAAGACGGUGAAACAGCUCUUUUAGCUGCUGUGAAAUCUGGCAAACAAGACAUGGUCAAGUACUUGGUUGAAAAUUGUGGCGUUGAUGUAAAUGAGGAGAAUGAAAAUGGUCAAACAGCUCUUUCCAAUGCAGUGAGAUAUGGUGAUCAAAACAUGGUCAAGUACUUACUUCAAAAUUGUGGUGCUGACGUAAAUAAGGAGAAUGAAAAUGGUGAAACAGCUCUUUUCAAUGCAGUGAGAUACGGUGAUCAAAACAUGUUCAAGUACUUAGUUGAAAAUUGUGGUGCUGAUGUAAAUAAGGAGGACAAAAACGGUAAAACAGCUCUUUCCAUUGUUUCGGGAUGUGGUGAACAAGACAUGGUGAAGUAUUUAGUUUAAAAUUGUGGUGCUGAUAAAAAUAAGAUACCUAGAUCUUCACGACUUUGUGAAAUUCGCUGAACAAGACAUUAUUUUAAGUAUUAAGUUGAACAUGUAGCGGAGAUAUUUAUAGAGAAAUAGACACGGUGAAAUAAACACGGUGGUGAACAUAGUUGAACCGAAACAAGAAGGAACAGUGACGGAAAUACAUGUGGAAAAUUUCGUUUGCUACCCGUUGUGAAAUAUUAGUUGGGUAUGGAGCUGAAAUAGAUCUAUAGUGUGACGUGAAUGUCGGAUUACUAUAUUUCGUUAGAUAUUUAGUCAAAGUCGUGAUAAAAUACAUAAAUAUGAAUUUGUACAAAAUUUGUAGUGGUAUAGAACUGCCCACAAAGUUACAUCAAUUGGUUUACUAGAUAUUGUGAAAUGAUUGAUGUUGCGAAUGCUGAAGAAGUUGACGACUGCACAGCCGUGUGGUAAAAUACAAAGUGGAACAUUUAAUUAGAAAUUUGAAUUGGAAUUUUAAUGAAAUGUUAAUAUGAGUAGCAGCUAAAAGCUGAAAUAUACAGAAUUAAUUACAUGCAAUAUUUCAGAACAUAGUAAAAAGGACUCUUAAUAACAUAUACUACAUGAAAUAUUUUAAAACUACGUAAUACCAUAU